UAGAAUUCUCAAAUUUCCCCGUCCAGAUAAUCAGAAGAAAAGUAAAUGGACUGGAGAGUAAUAUCUUUGGUUAUUGUGAACGUGAUGUUGAGCUCUGCGACCUUGACCCCGGUAAUAUCAGUGUCAGGUGACGUUUACUUGGCGGGAAUAUUUACCAUAAAAUCCUCAACAACAUUUGGACAUGAAUGCAAUGGUCCCGUAUCCAUUACCUCAGUAAUGGGACUAGAAGCAGUCAAGUGGGCAGUUCGUCGACUUAAUCAGCACAAAUUCAUUCCCGGGGUUCAAUUAGGUUUGAUUGCUUAUCCAACAUGUUUAUCUGAAGAGUUGGCCGGAUAUAGAGCAGUGGAAAUUUCCACAGCAAUCAAGGAAAAAUCAGAAAACAUCAUAGGAAUCGUCGGAGCGGAGAGGAGUUCCGAUUCCGAAUCAAUGUCAACAGUUCUCGCGAGACUUCCUCGUUCCAUUGCGCCACCUAUGAUCUCAUAUUCUUCUACCUCUGUGUCGCUUAGUGAUAAGUCGACGUUUCCCAACUUCUUCAGGACAAUUUAUUCAGAUAAAAUACAAGUCGAGGUUAUAAUCACUCUAAUGUUGGAAUUACAUUGGAACUACAUAUCUAUUGUGCGCGAGAACAACGCAUACGGUCGACAUGGUGCUGAAGCAUUGAAAACACAACUCCUUAAUCACGGAAUUUGCAUUCGCACCGUUAAUGGUUUCAAUACUACAAACGGAGUUCAAAUAUCAGUUCUUAGUCAAAUAAUUUCAGAUGUCACCUUACCAAAAGGUGGCGCAGUCAGCGGAAUAGUUUUCUUUGGAGGACAGUCGUCUGCUGAGAAAUUGUUGACGGCCACGAAGGACCUUAAUCUCGGAGAAGACACACCAUCAAUCAUUUUUUCAGAAGGUGUUGGAAUGUCUAAAGAGGUGUUUAAAGCAGAGACUAUUGCGGCAUCAAGAGGAAAUCUUGUAGUUAGCCCUAAAUAUCAACCGGUGGAUAGUUUCCUGGAACACUGGAAAGCUAUUUUUACGAAUAAAACAUUGCUAUUAUACGAAAUACAAACCAAUCCUUGGUUAAAGGAUGUUUUCUUUGAUGUAAAAGGGUGUUCUCACGAAGAUUUGACUUGUAUCGAACCAACAGAACAAGAAAUAGAUGAUUUUAUUUCAAAGAAUAUCUAUAUCAAGUUUGCUGUGGAUGCAGUAUCUAUGUUUGCAAAAGCUUUAAAAAAUUCAAAGAAUGAAGUUUGCAAGAACGAAUCUUGCUCAUCUCUUCUUGAAGAUGGAAUAGAAAACUUAUCGAAAGCAGUAAGAGAUAUAGAGGUUAACUCAACGACAGAGUUUGAAUCAAUGUUUAAACUGGAUCAAAGACUUAUUUUUGACGAAAAUGGUAAUAUUCAACCACAAAAGAAUGCAGAAGUAUUCUCAGUGUAUAAUCACCGCAGAUGUUUGGAGGACGAAUCCAAGUACUGUUUUGUUAGGGUGGCAAGUUUUUCUGAUAACAAAAUAGCAAUAAACCAAUCUCUGUUAAAAGAUUAUGACCAAGCUGGAAAGGAAAGAAGUAGUUAUCACAAAGCUCAAUGUAAACCGGGCAACAUAUGUACAAAUUGCCUACAUGACGACGAGCAAAUAUACUACAAACCUGGAGACCUCAUUAUUGUUGCUGCUUUCGCAAUACAUAACGUUGGCACGAAGCCUCUAACAUGUGGAGGGUUGAGAAGCAACGUUGGUCUUGAUGUAGCACUGACAGUUGAACAUGCUGUCGACCAAAUAAAUCAAAACAAAACCAUUUUCGAUGGCACGUCAUUUGGAUUCAUCAUUCUAGAUACUUGCAAUGAUCCCCUUGUAAUUCAGGAGAGGGUGCUCCGUCUAUUCAGAGAGGAUGGUUAUCCGAGACUGCCUUCUGAUAUAAAGGACCGAAUCCUGGGAUUUGUCGGAUCCUUGGGAAGUACUCCUACUUUGGCCAUGGUUUCGGUCACGAAAGAGCUGCAAGGAAAACCACAGGUCGGAUGCUGUUCAACAACUCCAGAAUUGAACAAUAGAGACUUGUAUCCAAAUUUUAUACGUGUUUCAACCUCACUAGAACACACGGCAGACACAAUGGUUCAAUUAGCGAAACAACUCAACGCCUUAUACAUUCAGGUUAUAUACAGUUCUGGAUUCUACAGAGAAGAUGGAAAAGAUGUCAUUAUAUCUAGUGCAAAGAAACAUGACAUCUGUGUGGCAAAUACUAUAGAAGUACCUGAGAAGUCUAACUAUUUCAAUGUACUGGAGAAGCUUCGAGUCAAACCUUCGGCCAAGGUGGUUUUGACUUUUCUUCGUUCUCAUGUUGGACCUAUCGUAAUGAAGGCAAUCACAGACGAAAUGCAAUCGGGUGACGAGUUUCACUUUAUAGGUUCAGAGACUGUUGGUACUCGCAAGCAGUACCUUAUCCCCCGAUUAAAAGGGACAUUAUCUGUAGCACAAGAAAUGAACCAAAUUCCUUCUUAUCUCCAGUUUUUACAGACAAAGACUCCCAAACCAACCGAUGAUAAUUCUUGGCUUCUUAACGCAAUUCAAAGCCGUCAAGGAUGCUAUUACCCAUGGAGUUUCAACAAAUCCAAAACUUUGUCCAGAGAAUGUGGACCAAAUGACCAUUUAACUAAGAACGACAGCGCCCUUUUGGACCCUUGGACACCAUAUCUUUACAAUGCUGUUCUUGCUCUUCUAAAAGGUUCGGCAACAGCUUUGCGCGAGAUUUGCCUGACAACGUCGAAAAUAUGCGCAGAUUAUUCAGAUACGAAGAGGGUUUUACAACAUAUAAAAAAUGUCCACCUAGAUCUCGAUCAAAAUGAUUUACCUGUACCCGUUUUUGAUGAAAACGGAAAUGGAAAAUAUGGGCAUCGGAUUUAUCGUAUUGUUUCUGAAGAAGGGGAGCUGUCCUAUGAAUUGGUAAGUAAGAAAAGAAUUUUUUAUAACAGAAUACAACAACAUGUACGCUGUAUACAUGUACAUGUGUAUACUCGGUACAAUCAAUCAAGUGGCCUAGUAUUUAAUCAAAAGAAUGAAAUACUUCCAGAAUAUUCUGUAGAAACAGAAUGUCCGAAUCCUACAGACUGUAAACUCUGCCGAGAAUUUUUGAACAAGCCACAAACCGACGAUGAUUCUUCAGACUUGUCCUUAAUGCAGAUUUUGCUUAUUGUGGGAAUACGUAUUACCAGCUUUUUGGCCAUUCUCUUCGCAGUUCUAUUUUUGCGUCUGUAGUGGGAAAAAAGGCGAGAUAGUUGUCAACCGCAGGAUCCUUACUAUCUGACCGUCCAGCAUGAGGGAAAUCGAAAUACAGAGAGGAUUAAUGCUGAAGAACCCGGAAGCGAAUAUCAUUCUGGCAAUGGCUUCUCACCCCUUUGAUGAAUACAUAGAUCCCUUUGACCACUUCACACUAUGUAAAGAGUUCUUAUAUCAGUUAUUCUUACAUGUAUGCAGUCCGAGUGAUCAGGCAUUAUAUCUGAACUGGAGAGAAAUAUUGAAAUAUACCAUACAUUACGUGA